AGUCCUAAGCCAAGCUCUGCCGCGCGAAGUCUGGUACCUUGUCUGAUCCGGCCUGCGGAAACAACCACGAUGUCUUCGCGAAGAAAAGCCGCGGCGCCACGACGGCUGAGCGCACAGAACUUGAGCGUGCCCUGUUUUGGAAGAGAUUGCAUGAGCGACGACUCGGCCGGAGAUGCGUGCCUGCCAGGACCGGCGAAAAAACGAAAACGGAAGAGCCGGCUCGUGGACGAUCAGCUAGAGAGCCUCCUCGAAGGCUUUGAUUAUGCACUGCAAGUCAAGUGUCGUGCAGAUCGCAGCUUGUUUUGUCUUGGGCAAUUGCACCUAGCUGCACACACCACUAGCGCUCUGGAAGAUGCGCGGAGAAGCAGCGACACAGCUUUUAUUGGGUGCAAAACUGGCCAGACUGAUUGCUGUGUGGCUUACAGCUGCAAUGACCAGUGGCACUGUUUGGAUGCAACCUUGUGUGUGGACGAGGAUGUGCGGCUCGCCCUGUCCGACACCAAGUCAGCCUUGCUCGCAGUGGCAGAGGUGUUGGAGUCGUGUGUGGUGUUGCAAGUGCUGCUUUCACCAGCCCAUGUGCAUUGCCUGAGCCAUGCCAGUGACUCGCCACGCAACUCUGUGAACCGACAAGUGCAGACCCUCAUUCAUCAUUUCUUUGGCAUCAGUCACGUUUCAGGGCACACGGAAAAGUUUCAGAGGCAGGACCUUGAUUUGCUCUAUGCCAGGAUUGCGGCUGCUCAGUCGUUGCAGCCAGAUGUAGAUGUGGACGCUGUUCAACAUGCGUCAUUGCGGCCAACACUGCGGCCAUACCAAAAGCAAGUGGUCAGUUGGAUGCUGAAGCGAGAACAGCCCAUCGCCCGUACCUCGACGGAAAAUUUCCUGUACAUGCCACUGGUUGACUGCUAUGGGAAACUACUUUACUACAACAAAUACGCAGGCUUCUUUGUCGAAAAGAAGAUGGACUUUGCGGCCACAUCUAGACCUGGUGGCAUCUUGGCCGAUGAAAUGGGACUUGGCAAGACAGUGGAGAUGCUGGCAUGCAUCCUGCUGCACCCAAUGCCCACCUGUGAUGAAGCCACGAGCGACCAGUGUGGUGAUUUGCCCCCGACCCGGGUGGAGUGCCCCGAGUGCCAUGCCUACCACCACGUGGCAUGUCCUCCUGGUGAGAAAAGCCUCUGCCCACACUGCUGGGUGGACCCUGCUAAGGAGAAGAUAGGAGUGAAGACCACCCUGAUAGUGUCACCAUCAAGCAUUAGCUUCCAGUGGCUGGAAGAGAUUGAACGACACCAGAAGGAUGAUGCGCUGCGUGUGAUGGAAUAUCGGGGUGUACAGAACCACGGCUUUGUCUCGCCACUGACAUUUGCCAAGUAUGACAUUGUGCUGACCACUUAUGAGGUGCUCAAGAAGGAGCUCAACUUCACCGACUUGCCACACAUCAACAGUGCUGAGAGCCGGUCCUUUCGGAAGCCACGCAGGUUCCGGCCUGUGCCCUGCCCCUUGACGGCAUUGCUCUGGUGGCGCGUGUGUCUAGACGAGGCCCAGAUGGUCGAAGGCACGGCCACCAAGGCAGCUCAGAUGGCCCUCAAGCUGUCGGCAGUCCAUCGCUGGUGUGUCACUGGAACACCCGUCCAGAAAAGCCUGCACGACUUGUAUGGCCUGCUGUUGUUUCUUGGUGAGGAACCCUACGAUGUGAGAUUAUGGUGGAAUGAAUGCCUUUUGAUGCCAUACUGCCAUGGGGACCCUGAGCCACUUGUCACUGCACUCUCAAGGUGCUUCAGGAGGACCCUCAAGGAGAACGUCCUCGAGCAGAUUGGCAUUCCACCACAGGACAGCAUUUUUCACACUCUCAACUUCUCUCCCGUCGAAGAAGUUUUCUACGAGCGGCAAGCUGACCAGUGUGCAGCAGCAUUCAGGGAACAAGUUUGCAAAUUUCCCAACCACAGCAUCAGGAUUGAACAACUGGACAGGCAUUCUGUUGGACUGCUGCUGCAGCCACUGGUUCGCUUGCGACAGGCCUGCUGCCAUCCACGUGCUGUGCGGGGGGCCUUCCUGCCCAUGAGGACCGACUCGUUAACUAUGGAGGAACUGUUGACAUCGCUGAUCAAAAAAACAACAGUGGAAUGUGAAGAAGCACAUCGACGAAUGGUGUCUUCUAUGAAUGGCAUCGCCGGUAUCCACAUCAUCCGGGGCGAGAGGAGGGCGGCUGCGGACGUGUACCGAGAAGUGCUCUGGUCGGUCAAGGACCACAGCAGGAACAUCAAGACCGACCGGCUGCAGCAGCUGCAUGCCCUGCACAACCUGGCCCAGCUGCUGGAUGAUGUCAGAUGCAGUGGUGCCACUCCUACAAGCAGUUUCCUCGAUCCUGCUCGUCAGGUGUGGACAGACUCCACAGCGUCCCAGAGAGUUUCCUACAUUCCACAGGCCCCCAACGAUGACAAACUGCACGAGGAGGCAGCCAAGUUGCGAGAGUCCUACUUGGAAGGCUACCUGAGCACUGUUGGCUCAGCCAAGAAGCAGCUCGUGCAGACGACCCACGCAGUUCAAGAAACCAUCCACAAGUUUUCGCUCCCCAAAAGCCGGCCGUGGUGGAACACCCUUUUGAGGGCAAGCAUCGAAAGCGGUAAAGACGAAUGGCUCCUUAGGAAGGUUAAGGACGACCUGGAAUCGAAAAAGUCCCAUCUCAAGUCUUCAAGGAUCGGUGACCAGUUCAGCACAGCUCAUGGAUUGCAGUAUGUGAUGGACACACAGCUGCGGCAACUGGAGGCAGCCAGGGAGGAGCUGAUGGGUGCAGUCCAGGCUCUCUCAGCCAACCCAUCAUCGCCCAACGAGGUCUCCGCAGCUGUCGAAUGCCAUCUCAGACCAAGCAAGAAGAAAAGAGACAAGUGCCAGUACUGCAUUGUGCAUGAGCUGUUCAACUUGUACGAGGGCCGCCUGUUCUGCUUCUCUGAGGACACCGUACAUGAAGAGGCUCAGGACAAAGAGGAUGCCUUGUUUGGCACGCUCCGACGGGGCAACUGGGGCGACAGCAACGUGGAAAAGAUCAUCAAAAGUUUGAACAAGAGUUCGUCUCUGGCAGGGGACAGUGUCCUGUGCAGUGAUGGUCAAGUGCACGUCCAGCUCUUUGCUGCUUUGAAGAAAGAAUUUCGGGCAAUGCGAGCAGUGUACAUGAGCGUCAGGGACUAUGUGGGAGCCCUUGACGAGCUGGAGAUGGCCACUGUCCGGCUGGAAAUGCCUACUGAGGAAGUGGAGGAGGAGCCUGUGCCCCUCAAUGUGCUCAGGCCGUGGCAGGUGCCAGAACAGUGGUCAAAGCUUCUCUGUGAAAAGGACUUGUACCAGAAUGAUCUCAAGAAAAAGCUGGGCCAGCUUUUCUACCUGAAAAACCUUGAAAAGGCUGGCAGCCACAGGGGUGAGUUCAGUCCCGAGCCGUGCCCCAUCUGCCAGAAUCCACUGGGCCGUCGUUGGAGUGUGAUGCAGUGUGGCCACAACUUCUGCCUGGACUGCAUCAAGAUCGUGGGCAGCUCUCCGUCGUGCAUGCGCAGUGGCAGCCUGCUGUGUGCCGUCUGCAGAAGCAGCUGUGCUCAUGGGGACGUCUUCUACGUCGACACUGCUCCACCACCCACCUCCCACUCCAGAUUCUCGGUCAAGGGCAGCCACACUACGAAGAUUGGUGGCAUCAUAGAGACAAUUCUGGAAAUCAGGGCCGAUGAUCCCAGUGCCAAAGCCCUUGUGUUCUCCAGCUGGUCUAUAGUAGUUGACGUCUUGAAGAAAGCACUGGAAGCAAAUCAGGUGUCCUACAUCACUCUUAAGCCAGGACCAAACUUCAAGAAUAAUUUAGCCCUGUUCAGGCACGACCCUUCAGUCAUGGUCCUGGUGCUUCCACUUUCGUUGGGAGCUAAGGGCCUCAACCUGACUGAAGCCACACAUGUGCUCCUCGUCGAACCCAUUCUCAAUCUCGGGGAUGAGCUGCAAGCCAUAGGGAGGGUUCAUCGUAUUGGGCAAACACGGAAGACUUACAUUCAUCACUUUAUGGUGAAGAAUACCAUAGAGGAACGCAUUGCCGACUUCUUCAGGUCACCACAGGCAUCUCGGAGCUGCCUAGAGGACCAUGCAAAGAUGACUAUCAAUGACCUCAAGAACCUAUUCAAGUGAACUCCACAUACGCUAUUUUGAUUACACAGUGAUACACCGCUGGUGAUGUCUGCAUUUGAAUUUAUUGGUUACAUGUAUCUGGAGUCUCUGAAAUUGCAACCAAGAACAUGUCUGCUGGAAAAAAAAAACUGGACACACUGAAAAAACAAGGACUUUUUGCCUUUGCCAACUUGUACACUAUCAAUCUCCCCACCUGUGCAAGUCAUUAAAAGAUAGUACUAAUUUUUUUAUCCUUACUUUACUACUGCUAGGAAUCCAUGAGAGAUCGAACAUGCAUAUCCACUUCAUAUUUCCGUUUUGUCUCUUUUUUUAUGUUAUGUAGGCAUAAUAAAAGUCCACAAAGCCGAAAAUUUUUAUUUUAGGAAAAUACUCCAGGCACAGCAGUAAAAUAUCUGAAGGUGGCGACACGGGGCCCCGUUAUUGCUUACCGCAAUAUUUUCUGAUUUCAUGUCUGAAUUUAAAGGAGUCCUGACACAAAAAUUUUCGCCCCGCGUUUUUUUGCUGCAGUGUGUUGCUGGGGGCCUGUUAAUCAUAACACGGCACAUCGUUCGCUGCAGCGCGCGACAGAUAAUUAAUUACAAGCUCCUCAUUACCGACACAGACUUAGUUUCGGUUUGACAGAGCUCCAAAAACGGCAAGCCGCCG